GCCUCCGCAAUGUAAAAUAUGACUGAUGAAAACUCUAGCAAGACACUUAUUUUUUGUUCAGUCAGUCUGGGGAGAUGAAGUGGGGCAGAAGGGGAAAGUCCCACAAUGCAUCCCGUCAUGGGUCUUGAUGCUCGGAUGAGUUCUGAGAUGCGCGGAAAUUGUGAUGAGGAGAGAUGUAGGAAAUGUGUUGAUUGUCUGGUAGCUUAGAUCAGUGGAAUUGCUAGAUAAGUAAAGAUACAGUUUGGGAGAUUGUUUUGACUGUCUGGUAGCGGAAAUGAAAUACUGUAGAGGGGGUCAAAUGUGUUUAAAUAUAAGGUACUGAAAAUGAAAAAUGAUGCCGAGUAGCUGAGAUGAUAUGCGGCGAUAACAUGUAAAAAUAACUUAGUAGAACGUAAUGUAGCGUAACGUAAUGUCGCGUAAUGCGACCUACCACGGCAUAAUGUAACAUACCAUAAAAAUCACAAAACCUCACUUGAAUAAUGCAAUGUGGCGUAACAUAGCGUAGCAUAACAUACCAUCAAAAAACAUCAACAUACUAUGGCAUAACGUCACAUUGUAUAGCAUUAUGCAGUGCAACGUGCUCCAGCAUAACAUAGUGUAGUGUCUUUAUAGCCUAAUGUAACUUAAUGUAGCGUAAUGUAAUAUAGCAUGACGUAAUGUAGCAUAACGUAAUGUAGCGCAACCUAAUGUAGCAUAUUGGAAGGUACCAUUAUGUAAUGUAAAAUCACACCCAUUACCUUCACAAAAUAUCACUUACUGUAUGUAACGCAAUACAGGGGAACCUCGAUAAAACAAGACCCUAUAUAACACAUAUCGGAUAAAACAGACCAUUGAGACUGAACAAUGUGUUCGAAAAUCGUUUCCAUUUGUCACUUGAACACCCGUUGACAAAAUCUGUUAGUUCCAGAAUUGGCCACUGUUGUUUACUGGCACUGUGGCGCAAUGCAGGCAGAGAAUGGGACUGACGUAUUUCUGCGUCACAGAUAUACUGUACAAUAUGACAAGAUGCAAUUCCAAAAGACAUGCCUACGUGGCGGCCAUGUUGAAUGUGGGGCAUUGACGUACCGUCCAUGUCAUGAUGGUUCUAUCUAUUGUCUAUUGUGCAUAGAGAGUGCUGUGCAGAGAGAGAGUGUCAUGGCUGCAGCAAAACACAAGUCUCUGGAGUCUGGAACAUGCUAUUUUUGGUACAGUAACAGUUUUUUUUUUGUCAAGCCCUUCGCCUUUGGCAACGGAUUUGAAACCAGGAAGCACACUAAUUCAUAACAUCACAUUACAUGGCGUAAUGAAGCAUAACCUCCUAAACUGUAACACACAGUAGCGUAACACAUAGUAGCAUAAUGCAUAGUACUGUAACGCAUAGUAGCAUAACGCAUAAUAGCGUAAGCCAAUGUAGCGUAACAGAAUCCAGCGUAACACAAUAUAGUUUAACAGAAUGUAGCGUAACAAAACAGCGCUACAUGUAGCGUAACAAAUUGUAGCACUAAGUAAUGUAGCGUAACAUAAUGUAGCCUAACAAAAUGCAGAACAUAGCGUGACAGAAUGUAGCUUAACAAAAUGUAGUGUAUCGAAAUGUAGCGUUACAUAAUGUAGUGUAACAGAAUCCAGCGUAACACAAUAUAGUUUAACAGAAUGUAGCGUAACAAAACAGCGCUACAUGUAGCGUAACAAAUUGUAGCACUAAGUAAUGUAGCGUAACAUAAUGUAGCCUAACAAAAUGCAGAACAUAGCGUGACAGAAUGUAGCUUAAGAAAAUGUAGUGUAUCGAAAUGUAGCGUUACAUAAUGUAGUGUAACAGAAUGUAACAUAGCACAAAACAUCAGUUACAUAAUGCAAUGUAGCGUAACGUCACACAACACAAUACAGCACAGCAAAGCACAACACACUAAAACACAACAUGACAAAACUAAACAAAAUACUGUAUAAUACAACGGAACGUGAUAAACUGUGAAGCCAAGAAUUCAACUACAUUCUAUCAGAUAGCACAAAAAGAGAUGAAAGUCGUGCGAGUAUUGUCGUGGUUCCAUUGUGCGGCACGUCACCACACUGAACUUCCUCCAAUUCAAAUGUGACUUGACUCACAUCCUAACAAAAAAAAAAAAGAAAAGAGGAUGGCGCUUGUCACGUUGUCACGGUUGCCAACACGCCGAUCAUUCGGAGGAUGGUAAGAAAGGACCAUGAAAAUAGACAAUGCUCAUGAUGGAGGAGCAAUGACUUUUACUUUUGGGCAGCCGUGGUAUUUGUGUGACAGACACACACGAAGUACUCACUGAUGACACAUGGCGGCAGUUCCUCCAAAAUGGUCCCUGGUCUGUGUCGUGACGCUGAUGCUACUGGUGCAACUCUGCACAGGUAAGACCCCUGAUUGCGUGUGCUGGUCCAGCGCGGGGCCAGUGGUGCGGCUUGGCUCCAGCUUGGAGGUGUACUGCACCUUUAACUGUGAGUGCGAGCGCUCCAUGUACACCGAGGACCCGCCUGCCCUGCAGCGCCACACGGUGGUCAACUCGAGCACCACGUACGUCCGCGUGGAUAACAUCACCAAGCACCGGACCUUCAGCUGCCUGUGCCGAUGCCGUGCCCUGACCUCGGACCCGUGUGGACUCGACAUCUGGGCUGGAUACCCGCCAGAGAGGCCGCGGAACAUUCGGUGCAGCUACAAGGUUGUGACCAACCAGACUGGUGAGGUGUUUUGUUCCUGGGAAAGAGGCCGCAAAACACACCUGGAGGACACUACAGAGCUCUGGAUUACCAGGGUAUCAGGAGAUCGCCAAGAGCCGUGGCCUCCAUUCAACAUCCCUAUCAGAGGAGCUGAUCCCCAAUCAGCCAGAUUUUCCGUGUCCACCAAAGUUCACUUCAUCUCGAUGCGGGUCCGCACCCACAAUGCACUGGGGUCGGCCAUGUCGCCACCUGCCAACUAUACUCUCAGUAACAUCGCGAUCCCCCCCGCUCCGGUCCUCGGGGGGCCCCAGUGCUCCUCCAGGGGGUGCGCCAUCCGGGUUCGACAGCCUCUGAGGACGCAACACCUGGCGGUCCAGUACGCUACGGAACCAGGACUCUGGACCACCUAUCCACACUCGGACGUGCCAGUGGCUUUGGAUCAAUUGCUGUCCAUCUGGUCUCUGGAGCCUUACCGGUUGUACCAUUUCAGAGCCAGGGCCAAAUUCAGCACAGGUCUGUGGAGCGACUGGAGCGACGUCACCUCCAGUUGGACGCAGGAGGAAGCACCGGCCAGACAGCUGGAUGUGUGGUACACGCAACCUCCCUCCGACGUCAAGUCCAUCAGGCUCUACUGGAAGCCGAUGAACGUCACCCAUGCCAGGGGUAAGAUUGUGGUCUACUCGGUGGCGGUACGCAGCUCUGAGUCUGGACUGGUGUACGCGGCCAACCUCAGCGCAGAGGUCACCAGCGCUUCCGUUGCGUUUUGUGCCAGGUGCCAUGUGACGGUGAGCGCCCUCAACUCCAAAGGGAUGUCCCCGCCGGCCAACAUUACCGCCUAUCACACCAAAGCGUUGGCCCAGUUGGAUGUACAGGUGAAGGCAGACGAACGCGGCGUCGCCCUCUGGUGGAGACAAGCUGAAAGGGCGACGGCCCCCGCGGCCCACGUAGUCGAGUGGUACCCCGAGGGUCUCAAGCUGCAGGAGCUGCACUGGCUCAGACUGAACGGAGAAGCUCGUCAAGCUGUCAUCAAAGGCUUGAACGCAUCCGAGUGCUACGAAGUCGCCGUUUACGUUCUCCACGGCGAAGGCUCGAUGACCACCAGAAGCUUUAGACUCCUCAACAUCAGCCAAUCAGUCCCCAAAGUUGGUCCGUCGGUUCAACACGAAGUGGACUUCAACAGAGUGGCCGUGACGUGGAGGGAGCUUCCCAGGGCUCAGCGUGGCGGGUGCAUCACUGAGUACACCAUCUACCUGGAAGACGCCGCUGGAAGUGUGCAGCAAUACUCCGUUCAAGCGACCGAGCGGACGUUUUUCUUGGAGGACCUCCGUCCUGGUGCACACAGCCUGUGGGUGACUGCUUGGACUGCUCGGGGAGAAAGUCCAGCCGCUCAAAAAGUCAAGAUCGUCAUCCAAGCCGCAGAUGGGAUCCCGGUGUUGCCCCUGGUCUUGUGCUUGCUGCUCUCGGCAGCGGCGCUGCUGCUGCUGUGCGUGUGCCAAAUUGCAGCCGUGAAGAGGAGGGUGUGGCUGCUUUUCCGGCGCUUCCUGCUUCAAGUGGUGCCGGAUCCCGCAAACAGCAAAUGGGCAAAAGAAUGCACCCAGGAGAAGGGGAAAAUGAAGCUGCAACCCCAGGCCAGUGAGGUCGCUCCGACCGAGGAGGAGGCGGAGCCUAUCAUCAGUAUUAUUACAGACAUGGAGGAGGUGUCCAAUCACAACACGGUGGAGGCGGUCUCCUCACCGGCUGGUCCUUCGACACCUCGGUGGCCCCUCACCACGUACAUCAAGAGCGACUCCCACGACUCAAACGGCUCGGAGCAGACCCAGGCUUCGCUGGACUCCGGUACCGCAAAUGUGGACUACCUCUCAACCGGAUGCCAGGAGCGACGUCUGGCCAUGGAGGAGGAAGACCUGGAUGAAGAGGGCGAGGAGGAAGAGUUUCCACAGAUUCUAACGCCACUGCCCAAUUGCAGCAUGUUCACCGAGCCAGUGGGACCGCAGAUAAUCGGGAAUUUGACCCUGGAUGCGGUCCGGAUCGACUGCAGCAGCAUCUUUGAGAACCGCUGAUCACUCUACAACGGGUUAAACCGAUUAGUCGACUAGUCAACUUUACUACUCUACAUUGCCAUUUAAAUCUUUAAGUAAACCAACCGCCAGUCACGUGUUUUUGGCAUCUCGUCUUUGAAUCGGUGAGGUUACAGAGGACUUUCGAUUCUCCCAUCUGUCGGUCGCCGGACUGUAACGCUCUGUGGAGGAGUGGGAUGUCCUGCCAACAAGGUGACAGACAGUCUUCAUACAUCUGCGCGAGUCUAAGAGUACAAAAGCCAGUUGUGGAAGAGAAUAGCGGUGGGCCUCACGAGCUUUGGCUAUUCCGAUUGCCGCUAGUCUUAAAAGAUUCGUACCAGCGGUAUCUCAGGACCGGUGAUGAAGAACGAGGGCAGUGGCGGCAAGUAAAACUCCUUCUUUGUCGCCAAAAUGUUAUGCCCAAUGACGUGCGGACAAGAACUUUACUCCGCAUAGAAGUUGUACGGUACAGUAACGGGGUGCUAACGAGAACUUUACUCAGUUGUACGAUACAGUGUUGUGGAUUAACGGAUUACAUGUAACGACUUUAUGUAGUUUGAUUUCAAAAUAUGGGGAAAAUGUGCAAUUAGUUGCUUUUGGAAAUUUCCAUCAUUACAAUUUUAUUUGUGUUUGAAAAAUCGCCGCAAAAGCUUGGAUUUAUCCCAAAAAUGUUUUUCAUAUGAGCAUCUGACUUCGAAAGCAGACGCUUGCGAUCGGCUCUGCUCCGGUCAUGUGCCGUUCUGCCGCUACACUCAACCGACUUGUUAAUGGUACGGCUGUCAGCAGCAACAAUGUUCCACGGUUGGAAAUACAAAAAAAACACUUUUUAGUCCAAUUUGCAGGCAGUGAAGGUGCUGUCGACGUUGGAACAGUCGACGUCGAACCUGAGGACACAUCUACAGGCACGUAGCCUGUACUAGUCGACGUCGAACCUGAGGACACAUCUACAGGCACGUAGCCUGUACUAGUCGGCGUCGAACCUGAGGACACAUCUACAGGCACGUAGCCUGUACUAGUCGACGUCGAACCUGAGGACACAUCUACAGGCACGUAGCCUGUACUAGUCGACGUCGAACCUGAGGACACAUCUA